GAUGUUUAAGAGCUAGCAUUCAUUAUGUACUUGUGUAGUUUCAUAUUGAAUUCAAACCUUCAUAAGGUCCCCAUGUAAAUUUUUUUUGAAGUUGGACCUCGCGCCAAAAGUGAAAUCCUAACCUAACUAAUAUGGUCUAUUACGUUAUUGAUGUCACCGUAUGUGUUUACUUCUAUACGGUGACAUUGUCAACCAUAUAACAAAAUUGAAAAUUCAAAAGACUACCUACGCUGAAAAUGGGAAAUUCUUUUACUAUUAAUAUGGAAGAAAAUUUUAGGAGGAAUCAGGAAUUUAUCACAGAAAUGAAUACCAUAAAAAUUGAAAGGCAGUUGCAGAUGAGAAAUCAAAUGCGAGAAAGGCAAGUGGCUUUGGAAAUUGCAAAGUCUCGUGAAUUGUUCUACUGGUAUGGUGCAUUUUACCUAACAAGCAUCGCUUGGGCAGUUACAUGUUACAGGUUCAAAAGGAAACCAGUAUUUUUAACACCGUUAGUUCCCUUAACUUUUGUUAUCACCUAUCAGGCUGAUUUAGCAUAUGGCAAUAAACUACAACGAAUUAUAG